GGAUUAGAAAAUGUUGCAGGAAGGCUCUGGAAUGAGAUGAGCUCACAGCACCAGCCUGUCUUUUGUGGACCUGCACAAUGAUCCCCGAGCCAGACUGGAUCCGGAAACCUCGCGACUAGGGGUUCAGAGAGAGGCCUCCAGUUCCCGGGCACUUUAGGGGAGAGAAGGCUGCAACGAUGCAUCAGAUUUACAGCUGCAGCGAUGAAAAUAUAGAAGUUUUCACCACUGUGAUUCCUUCCAAGGUGUCCAGUCCAGCCAGAAGAAGAGUCAAAAGCUCUCAACACCUCUUGACUAAGAAUCAGGUGGUAAUCGAGUCGGACCUGUACUCUUCCCGGCCCCUGGAGCUGCUGCCGCACCGCAGUGACCGCCACGACAGCGAGAGCCGCAGGUCUGGACGGCUCCAGAGCUCAUGGCAGCAGGGACUCCACCCUGCCAAGACCCCCACCAGACCAGGGGGGAUCGCCGAGCCCAAGGCAUCAAACCUGUGUGGGAGUCGAGCCUAUGGAAAGUCUCUGAUUCCCCCGGUGGCCCGGAUCUCAGUGAAGUCCCCCACAGCUGUCCUGGAGGCGGCAGCCACGGGCUCAGAUAAAAGAGCUGUUCUGACAAGAGGAUCCAGACAUCUCAAGAAGAUGGCUGAAGAGUAUCCAACCCUUCCCCAGGGAGCAGAAGCCUCCCUGCCACUGACAGGGAGCAUGUCGUGUGGCGUCCCCAGCAUCCUCCGGAAAAUGUGGACAAGGCAUAAGAAGAAGUCUGAAUACGUGGGAGCUACCAACAUCGCCUUUGAGGCUGACUAAAGGUGACCUUCCACAGGUGCCUUGCAUUGGCCAAAAUUCACUGCACGGGGAAGAGCUGGGCUGAAAUGGAGCCACGCUUACCUCCGAAAGCAGCUGGUCUGAACACAUACAUCAUCCUCACCUACUACCCGAUCACCUGGCUAAUGACUCACGAAAGGAACUUCCCUCAAAGGCCAAAGAAAAUUAUUCUUUCUCAGAAUCGCUAAAGCCCCUGGUCUGAAAGUGACUUUGGGAGGUCAUAAGUUUAUAUUCCUAUCUCUAAGCGAAACCACACCAAAAUAAAAUUUCCCCAGCCCAUUUUAAAGACUCCCAAGGAAGGAAGCAGGGGAUUCUUCCAUCUUCCUUGUGAGUGCUUCUGCUGUGUGUGUGUGAUUUCUGGUAUAAAUGUAGGAGCUUGAUGUUUGAGGCACUUGUAAACACAAUGGUUCUCACUACUCCUGUUGUCACAUUGAUUGCAUUUCGAGGGGUACAAUUUUCAAUGACAAAGCACCACAUCUUGACUUAGUAGUGCAAAUAUCUGCUUGACAGUAAUGUCAAGAUGGGUUUGGAUGAUCAUUUAGCAUGACUGCAUGAAUUUUCUAUUCUUUUAUGUGCAUUUUUAAUAGAAAAAUAUGAUUAAAAGUUAAAUGUUGAAUGCUAAUGUUUUCUGGAAUGGCAUAGUCUAGUAGAAUUAGUAAUAUUUUGGUAUAAUGAUUUCAACUUUUGAAAGUGCUUUCCUAUCACGUAUCUCUGCUCUUCACAAUUGUUCCCAUUCUCCAGGUGGGAGAGGCCUUACAGGUUGUAGGACUAGAUAUCAGACAGUGGACCUGGGUACCAGCUCCUCCCUUCUCCACCAGACUCCUUGCUUUGCUUACCCUUGCAACUGACCUGAGGAAGGUUUUGAGUAGUAGGAGUAUGUCUCUGGGAGCAAUCUUUGAAGGGAAGAAUUUCACAAAGCUGGAAUAAUAAGUGGUUUGAAUAAAAUACAUUAUUAUACAUUAGGUUAAGCCAGAAGAAACUGUCGUGUUUAUAGGUCAAAGCCAAUUGAUUAUCCAUUUCAUAUAGUUCCACCUAAGGUAUAAUAUUAUGCUUUCCUUCUUUUAAUGAGAAUGUCAUUAUCAACUCUAUGGUCAACAUCAGUAGCCUUAAAGGUAAUAUGAUAAUGAUAUCUAUCACU